AUGCGCUUCAACGUCAGUGGCCGUUACCAGGCUUUCGAGAACAUCACGGUCACCAAACUAGUUGGUAUGGCAGCCUUUUCCCAAUUGCUUGUGAUGACCACCUACUCGACCGCUAUGUACAUGAUUCGAACACGAGGUGGUGGUCUACCUGACGUCCUCAGACAGAACAUACGGAUAUGGUUUUACCUGGUGCCGAUGGCGACGUUCAUUGUGCCAAUGGUGCUACUGUGUGGUCUUCGAAAAAUUUCUCAGCAACGUCAGACGUCCAUCGCACGGCUCACAAAGGAGAAGUGCGAUCAGUCCGCCUACAUGACCAGAUUGGCACAAAUGUGGCAAAAACGCUAG